GAAGUAAAACUGAUUUAUUGUUUUGCUAACUUGAUGCUAUAGCAGGAAGCUGAUGCACAGUCAGAAACUUCUCCAGUUAGCUAUGUGCCGUCUUUAUUAAUCAAUGACCCCGGUUAUUUAAGGGUGGUUUGAGGUCUAAAUGUCCGCUUGAGGCUCUCCAGACACCGGGUUGCUCUGAUUCUUACAGCCGUCGUUAGCCUGCGGGUGCUAACUUCAGCUAGCCUGAAGCUAACGUUACCGUUGCUAACGUUACCAACUGGCCACACAGCAAAAAAAAAAAAAAAACAACAGGACGAGCUGAAGCCGAAAAGAAGUCCUGCUGGUUUUUGCUUGUUUUUAUCUUCCCACCGGUGCUCCGCCAGCACAGUGAGUGAUGUGGAAAGUGACUUUACAACUGUUGGGUGGUUUGCUGUCGGCCUGGUUCUUCGGCAACUUCGUUCUGGGUUGGUUUCAACAAAACAACGCAAUAAAACCCGAAACGCAGAACAGCGAGGCUCCGAGCAGCAGCAGCGCGGCGUCGGACGGCCAGGACCAGAGCUGCUUCUGCCAUCUGACGGGCGUCCUGGACGACUGCUUCUGUGACGUGGAGAGCAUCGACGUCUUCAACAACUUCAAGAUCUACCCUCGGAUCAAGAGGCUGACGGAGAAAGACUACUUCAGAUACUACAGGGUCAACCUGAAGCGGCCGUGUCCCUUCUGGCCCGACGACACUCACUGCGCCAUCAAAGACUGCCAUGUGGAGCCCUGUCCAGAGAGUAAGAUCCCCGUGGGCAUCAAGUCUGGGAACUACAACAAGGUGAGAACUUUUCUCAGCUCAGUCAACGGAAACAUCCUCUCUAUGUUCUGUCGGAUAGAAAUAGUGACCAUCAGUCCAGGCACUAUAUACUGUAUAUAUACACACAUACUCAACGGCGUAACUUUGGGUUCGACAUUGUCUCUCUCUCUCUCUCUCUCUCUCUCUCUCUCUCUCUCUCUCUGUGUGUCUUCAGGUCUGUGUUUGGAGAAGAGAGUUUUCUACCGACUCAUCUCCGGCCUCCACAGCAGCAUCAACAUCCACCUGUGUGCUGAGUACCUGCUGGACGAGGGUUGGGGCCGCUCGGUGUGGGGUCCAAACGCUCAGGAGUUCAGGCAGCGCUUCGACACGGCGGAGACGAAGGGCGAGGGCACGCGGCGGCUGAAGAACCUCUACUUCCUGUACCUCAUCGAGCUGCGGGCGCUCUACAAGGUGGCGCCGUACUUCGAGCGAGCGUUUGUCAACUUGUACACGGGGAACGCUCAGGAGGACGGAGCCACCAAGGAGCUGCUGCUGCAGGUCUUCAACGAGAUCAAAGCGUUCCCCAUGCACUUUGAUGAGAAGUCCAUGUUCGCCGGACACAAAAUCGAAGCCAAAAUAUUAAAGGAGGAGUUCCGCCUCCAUUUUAAAAACAUCUCCAGGAUCAUGGACUGCGUCGGCUGCAGUAAAUGUCGCCUGUGGGGGAAACUGCAGACUCAGGGUCUGGGAACCGCUCUGAAGAUCCUCUUCUCCGAGAAGGAGAUCCAGAACCUCCCCGAGCACAGCCCGUCCAAAGGCUUCCAGCUGACGCGACAGGAGAUCGUGGCUUUACUCAACGGCUUCGGCAGGUUGUCCACCAGUAUCCAUCAGCUCCACAGCUUCCGCCUGCUGCUGAAGGACAGCAGGUAACACACACCUCUCCUCCUCCUCCUCGCCCUAAAGGACUGCUCUCCUUCAUGGACAUCAGGAUCAACUGUGAACCAACAAACUCUCUCUCUCUCUCUCUCUCUCUCUCUCUCUCUCUCUCUCUCUCUCUCUCCUCUUCCUUCUGUCCAUCCUUCUCCUCUUCCUCUCUUCUUCUCCGUCAGGUCUGUUAGACCAUGAAUGUUAACUCUUCCUGCCUCCGGCGUCUUUCCUGUCCUUUCCUUUCCUUUCCUUGGUCUCGGCCGGUUGAAUAUAUGUUUGGGUCUCUCCUGAGAGGCUGAGAGCCGUGACGUUGGACGAACCCCGACAGGAAAUGAUGAGACGUAUGGACCCCGCCCCCCUCCUCCCCUGCUGACAUCACUUCCUGUGACGAUGUAGAAACGUUGGAUCCUGAGAGAGGAGCGAGUGACGGACACUGCUGCUGCUGCCUGCUUUCCCUCCAUUAGUUCUCUCUCUCCUCUCCCUCUCCCGGAUGAUUUUGGAGAAGUUUGUCGCUCAAAAGCCUGAGGAUCUGGACCAAUCAGCUCGCGUAUAACACCAUCUUAGGCCUACUUUAUGUCAGCUCGCUAGAGUGUAUGUGUGUGUGUGUGUGUGUGUGUGUGUGUGUGUGUCAUCAACUGUUGCAGCUAUAACAUAAUGACCGAUGACUUGAUUCCAUAGUUAACGCCGAUACUGUAGCAGUAUUUUUUGCU